AUGGCUGCGGCUGGAGCCCAAACUCAAGACGCCGAUUCCCCACGCGAAGAUGCCGGUCGGCGCAAGCACAUGCCCCGGGACAACAUGGAGGUACUGCACCGACUGCACCACCCCUUGCCCACCGAGCAGGACCAGGAAGAACACCGCAGAGACAGCGAUCCGGGACAGGGCGACCCAGAUCGGCGGAAGCACGGCCCCGUGAAGUGCCCGAAUUACACGAUCCUGCUGAAGAACGGCCAGACCUGCGAGCGGAGUGGGAGCAGUGAACCCGGGCAACGAGAGCCACCUGGGCAGCAAGGGGACCACAAUGCCCACCGGCAGUACACGAAAGUCCCGAAGAAGGGCAAGACCCACCACAACGGAGAUGAGCCCCACGAAACGCUAGAUGAGCUGUCGAGCUAUGUGCAGCUCACGGACCUGGUCGUCCUUGCCACUGCCCGAACCACCUGGCCUACAGAUGACGAUGACCCCUUCCAGGAAGGGUGGGAGCCGGUAUGGUAUGCCACGAUUCUUGCCGAUGGUCAUGAACUGCAGCGAUCGGGAAUAGACACCCUGACCUUUGCGGACGCCAUCGACCGAGCGAUCGCCAGCCGAAAUGAUAACAGGUAUGCGGACGAAGCAAGAGGCUGGGCAGCUGGCCUCCGUAAACGGUGGCUUAGACGACCUCAAUACGGACGACCACACCGAUGGGGCCCACAUCCACCCGAGUAUGCCGAGGAGUUUGCGACCGAUGUGGAGAACAUGAUGCGGGCAAGAUGGUUGAGAGAGCUGUGCCCUGAGGCUGUCAUGAAUCGAGCAUGUGAGGGCUCAAGGAUUGCCGCAGGCUUCGCCGAUCCAUCUUGCAGCUCCGAGGCACUGGAGAGAGAGUGGCACGAGGCCAGGAACCGUCACUUAUCGCGAUCAAGAACUCCACAGAGACGCCACGCGCUUGCAGCCGGACCUCGUCCACCUGACAACCAAGGAGGCGGACCGAGUAGACGACGGAUGCUUGAAGAGGACCUGAGCUGCUGGGACUCCGAGGUCCGAAUGCACCUCCUCCACUAUGGCACACAGGCCUCUCAGGAGGCCAACGUUGAAGAUGAGACGGGUACAAACUCACCUCGGCGACUACUUGGACGAAGAGUAUCCACCACAACCACGACCGAAGAAGCAGAUGAACCAGACCUCUCUGCCCUAGUGGUGCGGAAGUGGCUCCUGAAGAAGAAGGGAAAGGGCGGGUACAUGCGCAGGCUUGUGGACAACCCGGCAGCAUGGAAGCAGGGCCCAGGGGUCAAGGAUAUGGGAGAUGCCCAUUUCAUCUGGAGGGCAAUGCUGCAACUUGAAUCCGACGAAGAGUGCGAAGACGCCGAACCACAGAGAAUGCCGGGGUUCAUCAACGACCCUGUUUGGUCCAGUGUGUGGGAGACCCUGAUGAACCAGUCCGAACCGGCCUUUCGCCUGAUGCGCAGAGCACUACCUGGGUUCCUGGAACUCGUCGGCCAGGACCUACAGAGCAUUGUGGACCAGGUGGCACACCAAAGAGGCAUCGCCGAUGAUGCCGAGGAAGACGAGGGAGAACAAGCCUCGGCAAGCACAGCAAGACCUGGAAGGGAAGCCGAAGAGACGGAUGAGGUCCAGGUUCAAGUUGAAGAGGAACAGGCCGAUGGAGAACCAGACCUCUCUACCCUGAUGCAGAGCAAGAGCAAGGUGGCAGGUGGGCGAAGCUCGCCAGCCGGACGAGCCCCUGACAGCGAUCCAGGACAACCCGGAGAAGGUGGGCGGGAGCUCAUCCCAGGGGAGGUGCCCGAGACGGUGACCGAGCCGAAGAACGACGAACAGAGCAGCUCCAUUCGGAGCCUGACCCGAGAAUGCAACAGUAAACUGUGUGUUCUGCGAGAUGAACUCGAGGAACAGUGGUACCAGGGCAUGGAGGUGAACUGCGCAAUCAACAAGUUACGAGCGGAAUGCACGGCCGGGCUCCGGGAUGUGGAACUGCAGGAGUGCACUCACAUCCUGCAACAGCUCCUCGCGGUCAUCCCCCCAGAACACCAGAGACCGCAGCCGACAGGAAGGCCAGAGAGUGACUGGCCCCUUAGCCCCUCCCAACAACAAUGGGUGAUGACUACGGCUCAGCAAGUGCGACAGCUGACCACUUUGAGUGCACAACCCGAUGACGGUGAGGAGGUGGCCAUGAUGCAAAGGACGCUCACAGGCACCCUUUUUGCAGAGACGCCCCACCUUGCGAAGUCGCUGAACCAGGCCAUCCAGCAAAGGGCGGCAGACGUCCCAGAAUGGGAUAGUGUCCACGCGGUGUUGGUGGCACAUGCCGGCAAGCCCAAGGCGGCACUUUGCGGGGCCCCCAUCUACGGACGUGAAGAGUGGCUACGACGAUGGACGGCCAGGUUGCUCAUACGCGGUGGGAUAGCAAAUGAGCCUCUUGAACCAGAACGAGCCUCGUCCUCGCAUGAGAUCCCUGUCCCGGCGAGGGAGGAAACGCCGGAGGAACAACAAGAAAGGCUGGCGCGGCAACAAAAUGAGGAGGACGCGCAGCUGUACCGAUGGCACCAACGAGAAGUAGCACGUGAGGAGCAACAGAGAGCACGAGAAGCACAGCUACGUGAUCGGGCAACCCUACAGGCUCAUCUUGGAUGGAGCAGUGCCCCGCCAGGAAAGAAAAUCCGAGUGACAGUGGAAAUGAGGUCGACCACGGCAAGCAAGUACUCGGAAUGGGAGGUGGGAGAAGGGGACGAGAUCAAGAUCAAGCUGGGCAUCAGCAUGGUGGAACAUGGCGGCAACCACAUCCACGAAGGAAGGAAGGUCGACCGAGAGAUCGGCACACGGGAGCUGCUGAGGCGGGAGCAACAACUGGUGGAACAAAUGCAGCACGACCAGACCCGCCCAGGAGACGAGGACAAGCCGGAAGACAAGCGACAGUCGUGGAGCACUAACGACCCAAACCUGCAGCCGCACUACCAGGCAUGGAGAGAAGGACGCACCGACUUCAAGGGCCUUGUGGAGAGAGUCGGCGAGGAUGCGGCGGUGUACCUUGUGGAGGCAGCCGAGGUGGCCCAACUUGAGUUGGACACAGUGCCUGAUAUGGACGUGAGCGCGCGAGAUGAGUGGCUGCGGGGGGAAGAUGUCGACAAUAUCCUAACAAGACCGGCGUGCAUCGCAGAUUACUACAGAUGGGCUGAAGGGGACCUCAUGGAGAGCGACGUGGUGGACAAAUGGGGAGGGCAGGUCAAAAGGGCUUUCCAUGCAUGGUUCAUAGCAGGAGGUCCGCCACAACACCCAGAAGAUGGUGGAGAGGCUGCGCCACUUGCGGAACGGACCGAGAUGGAGGAGGAAGCCCACAACCAGGCCUUGGAUGCUCCGGAUCUCCCAGAAGGUGAAGGUGGCAUACCCGACACGAUGGAUGAGAUGGAAACGGUCCCCUGGGAGCCACCGGCGUGGGAUAUCUAUGUGCCGUACAGCAAUGUACCGCCUGGAGACCGAAGGGCAGAAGAGGAGGGCAGCGAUGAACAUAGGCGACGGGAUGGGAUCAGAAAGUGGGGAUCCCCGAGCUCGGGAAGCUGA